AUGGCAGUGUGGGGCAGGGAUGCCGCUGGGGUGGCGAACAGUGGCUCCUCGCAGAGUCAUGGACAAAAAUUUAUUGUGGGUGUUGGAAUCGGCGGCAUUGCCGCUUACGCGAUUUACUUGUUCUACUGCGGAAUUCGCAGAGGUCCACCGCAACUUUUUUGGACCACUUCAUCCGUGACGAAGUGGAAAUCGUCAUCGCCUUCUUGCCGUGCAGAAAGGCGCGAUGAGGCAGCUGAUCCGGUUACGCGACCAACGCUGACGCUGGUGAAUUUUCCUAAAAAAAUGCGGGCGGUGUUUGAACGCUCGCUGCGACCGCUGAUCAAUGCGGAUGAAUUGGCCCUGCAGGACGCCCGUGUUGUGUUUUUUCAUGAGGUAUCAGAGAUUACACCCGACAACGUGGAGGCUGUGGUUCGCCAAGAGGUUGUUUCAGCCUUUGACCAGUUGAAGGGAACUCCCUGUGCUGUCUAUCGUUCUGUCCUGGCGAUAGAUGGGGAGCUGGUUAACCCUUUUUGGGGACCUGAGGAAGCGGUGAAGGCUUCACGAGGACGUGUAUUUCUUGAACGCCAUUGUAUUGGCUAUACUGUAGAUGGUGGUCGAGUGGAGUUCCUUUUUCACGAUACGCGGGGCAUGGUGGGAGGUGUCACUGAUUGUACCUCGACAAUGAAAACUGAUCUUUACCUGGAUGCUGUAGAUGAUGCGCUGCGACGUUGUUUUUGCGCGACCACGCUGACCUUUUCUUUGGAUAAAGAAGAGAAACGGGACACCAUCGGAGGCUUUUCCUCUUCUGGGCAUGGGAUAUGCAUUAACGGCCCAUAUGCUCGCUCCUUUGGAGCGUUAUGGCUGAGUCCUGUACCGCUUUUUGCAAUGUUUGGGGCAGCUGUGCGAUACAGUCGCGCAGAGUUUGAUGGUUGGAGACGGCUUUUAAACCCAGACGGGGGUGACAGGUCCCCAUUUUGGAUGGUAAAUCGAGUGUGGCGAUGGUGGCAGGGGAGAAAACAAUUGAAGUUGGGUGUUGCGACAGAAGAGAGCAACGGAGGAGACACCUUCACUGUGGAAAUUGAAUCUCUUCAGGAUUCGGAAGUUAUUGAGACGAAUUGCGGUGAGCUCUUGAAAGAUGCCUUGAAAAGGGUACGGAGGUUCAGUGGUGGCAAGGAGACUAUUGAAAUAGAUACUUUUCCUUCUGCAACUGGCACAAUUUUGCGCUGCGCUUUGCGUCCUGGGCUUACUGUGUUUCAGGCGCUGUGGGAGGCGUGGAGACUGACUGCGUUAGCCUCAUGCCUCAAGUGCGAUGUGCAACAAUUCCGUCUUCUUGUUGCUGUGAGGACUCCAGAGUUGUCCACUUCGGGUGCGACGGUUACAAGCGACCAUGCGUCGCGAACCCACGUUCAGGUUUUUCCUGUAUCAAGGGAAGAGAAGGAGUCAUCCUCCCCGUCCUUUUUUUCCUCUGCACAGUACUUUCGCCUGCUGAAAGACGGCCGUUGUGUGGAGGCAGCGGAGGCGUUUCAGCGCAUUAAGGAUGGAAAUGUGCACCAAUUGUACUACGUUGUUGCAGAAUACGUGACAGGGGAUUUUGACGGUGAUUCGGCAAGGCAUGCAUGUGAGUAA